CCAUAAGGCCCAAUGGCCCAUGUUCAUCUGUCAGAUUUUCUAAUAUAUCACAUAAUGAAUGGACCCUCUUAAACACUCAGAUUAUAACAGCCAAACUCACAAUCACCUGCUUAUGUCUUUGUGUAUCUUUCUCUAGCUUUCUUCCAAUAUCGUCUAUACAACCUUCUUUUUGCAGCUCUGAUUAAAGUGAAAUCCAACACUCUUGAAGAUGGUUGAUGCCUUUGUGUCAUUUGCAGUUGAAAAAUUGGGGGAUUUCUUCAUACAGGAAGUUUCCGUGUGUUUAAGUCUAAGAGAGGAUGUGCAGGCCAAAUUCUACAAUGUCAGCAAGGAGAUCCAAUCACUCAAGCAGCGUAUCAUGGAUAUCUCUCGCAAACGAGAGACUUAUGGUAUUAGAGAUAUCAAUAAUACAGGAGAAAGACCAAGAAAUGGGCCAAACAAUCGGUCAACCAUGGCUAGAACAUUGAGGAGAUCUACCUCCUAUGUAGAUGAGGAGCAGAUUUUUCUUGGCUUUCAAGAUGUUGUAGAAAGACUGCUAGCUGAACUUCUUAAAUCAGAACCUCGUCAAAGCGUCAUCUCCAUUUAUGGUAUGGGAGGAGUAGAAGAUCGUGUGAUCUAUGUUGAAAACAUUAUAUGGUUGUGGAUAGCUGAGGGUUUCAUACCAAACGGAGAAGAAAGAGUUGAGGAUGUCGCUGAAGGCUUCUUGAAUGAGCUGAUAAGACGAAGCUUGAUAAAAAUGGUAGAUUCAUUUUGGGAAAAAGUUAUUAAAUGUAGGAUUCAUGAUCUACUUCGGGAUCUUGCCGUACAAAAGGCAUUGGAGGUAAACUUCCUUGACACCUAUGACCCAAGAAAGCAGUCCAUAUCAUCCUUACGUCUCAGACAUGUCAUUCAUGAUCAAGCACAAAAGUACCUCUCACUUGAUCUUUCUAAUUUCAAGUUGAGGUCAAUUAUGUUCUACGAUCAAGAUUUUUGUCAAAUCAAAUGAGUCUUAUAAAGUUCCGUAAUGUGUUCCAACAUAUAUAUUUGUUGUACUUGGAUAUUCGUGGUGGCACUAUACCUAUAGAACCUGAUGCCAUAGGAAGUUUGUACCACCUCAAGUUCUUAAGCUUGACAGGUAUUUGUGAUACACAUGAAUAAUUUUACACAUGCAUGAUAUUAUGAAGUUUUUGGCAUUGGCAUUAGCAGUGGUAAUUGUUGACAGUGUAAGAAAGUUGAUAGUUUAUUUUAAUGUUUUGAUGGAUCUUUAGUACUUUAUUCAUCUUAUAUUCCAUCUAGACAAAUGUUAGCAUUGAUUAAAGUAUGUGCUUAAUCAAAGCUUUUCAUCCUCAGAAAUUGUUAUUUCCAAUUUGAAUUUUUUACUCAUAAAAGAAAUUGAUUUUUAGGUCGCAGAGGAAGAGUGAUGGGGGAGAUUUGUUUUUCAUCUGGAUGCUAUAGUGUAGUUAGCUGUAGAGUCUAAUUAGGUAGAAUUUAUUGUUCUGCUUCAUUUCAGUGGCAUUUCCCUUGAUCUUUUAAUUUUUUCGACCUACUUAAAAAAUCUUUUUGAACCAUCUAUAACAAUGCAAUGUGAUGGACUUCAUUGUUAUUUAUAUAGGAAAACAUAGAGCUUAAAUCAAAUAAUAGAGUCUAUGUGACUUAUGAUAAUGAAAAAGCUGUACGAAUCCUUCUUUUCACUUUCUUCAUAGUUAGAAAGAAUAUAGAUAUGAUCUUUUGGCCAACAAAUAGAAGGUAAGGUAUAAUAAGCAUCACAUUUUAUCAAACAUUGUAAGUUAGUUCGAGGAAUCAAUAUACACUAUAUGAAAUUGUUGGAUUCAGUACACAUUAGACUUUGGCUGAACAAAUCAAACAUUAUAAGUUAUAAUAAGCAUCACAUUUUAUCUUUAUGAUUAAUCGCAAAUGCAUCACUUCUCUAUUAUUCUUUCUGUCUUAAAUAUGGCUCUUAUGCUUGAUGCAGCUUAAGUGCACCUCAGGCUUAGUUAACCCAAGGUCAAAGUGAUUUCCUUGAGGCUGCUCUCGGCUCUACCAAGGUGCUUUUGAGAAAAUCAUCAUUUUUCUUCUGGGGCUAUUUAUCUAGUCUCAGUUAUUGUAUGAUGAUGCUUUAGAACCAAUAGAUAUAAUAAUGGUCCUGUGUGUGGACUUAUAAGUUGGUUAUCUUAGAGUUCUUUUUUUGUAAUGCAGUCAGCAAUUUUUAAUACCCUCAAGUUUCUUGAUUGGGAGAAUUAAGUGCCGAAAAAAAUGCCGCCUAAA